AUGGAACCGUUCAUCGAGUGCGACCGGUUCUCCAAAUGGGAACGAAUAUUCCGCACCACAGCAUAUGUCCAUUCGUUCAUUGAUCGAUGCCGGGACUUCGGUAAGCAAGGGGCUUCGCGAAUCAAACAUGGAUUGACGCAGGACGACAUGCAACGAGCAGAGAAAGCUUUGUGGCGGUUUGCACAAGCCGAUGCCUACGCCGAAGAGAUAAACGUCCUGCGGAAACAGCAAGAAUCAGACGAACACAGUUCGUUGAAACUCGACAGAAGCAGCACGAUUCGUCAACUAUCACCGUUUUUGGAUAAGUUCGACGUGGUUCGUAUGGCGGGACGAACUGAAGCUUCGCCGGUGGCAAGUUACGAUGCGAAGUUCCCAGUAAUCUUGCCGAAACAUCAUCGCCUGACUGAACUUCUAAUCGACUGGUACCACAGACGAUUCGGCCACCAUAGCAACGAAACUGUGGUUAAUGAAAUUCGUCAGCGCUAUCACAUUUCCACUCUACGGACGGUGGUGCGCAAAGUUGCAAAGAAGUGUCAGUGGUGUACAGUUAAUUGGGCGCUUCCUGAAGUACCCAGGAUGGCUCCUCUACCGGAAGCACGUGUCACUCCGUUCGUGCGACCAUUUUCAUUGGUCGGCAUUGAUUAUUUCGGCCCUUAUAUGAUAAAAAUUGGACGAAGUCAAGUGAAGCGUUGGGUGGCACUGUUCACGUGCUUAGUCGUUAGGGCGGUACACCUAGAAGUAGCCGCCUCACUGUCUACCGAAUCAUGUAAGCUAGCUCUUCGGCGAUUCAUCGCUCGUCGCGGCGCACCGUUACAAAUCUUCUCCGACCACGGGACAAAUUUUGUUGGCGGCAAUCGGGAGCUGGCUGAUCAAGUAGCGGCAACGAACCAAGAGCUGGCGGAGACCUUCACGAAUGCUAACACCCGUUGGCUUUUCGUCCCACCAUCUUCCCCGCACAUGGGCGGUGCCUGGGAAAGAAUGGUCAGAGCAGUUAAGGCAGCGAUGGAGUCGAUUAACCAUGCCCGUGCGCCGUCUGAAGAAGUAUUCAUAACAAUACUUUGUGAAGCAGAGUCAAUGGUCAAUUCCAGACCGUUGACAUACGUUCCUCUCGAAUCAUCGGAUCAGGAGGCUUUGACUCCAAACCAUUUUAUUUUCCUCAGUUCAAAUGGAAUCAAGCAGACGGAGAAAGUUCCCACUACAGAAGGAGAAUCACUUCGGACCGGCUGGAACUUGUGUCGCUUUAUCCUGGAUCAGUUCUGGGCACGGUGGAUUCGGGAAUAUCUUCCGGAUUUGACUCGGCGAACCAAGUGGCACGAAGAGGUCAAGCCUAUUCAGGAAGGAGACAUAGUGUUCAUUGUUGGAGAAACGACUCGGAAUCGAUGGCCGCGAGGUAAGGUCGUGAAAGUUUUUCCAGGAAGGGAUGGUCGCCUCUGGCAGGUGGAUGUGCAGACGAGUUCAGGGGUUCUACGUCGUCCGGUGGCAAAACUCGCUGUGCUCAACGUUCUACCAACAGGUAAUCCUGCUGGAUCGGAGAAGCAUUACGGAGAGGGGAAUGUAGCGGGAGGCGUUACAACCGUUAGUGCGACGAAGAAAAUAUUCAAUAGGGAUGGCGGAUAUUUGACGGAACGAUCCGUCACCGAACGCCAUCGUUUGUCAUCCGACAAUUGUCACGGCAUGAGUGGGGAAAAUGAAGAGAAAAAAACAACAGAUGAUGGAAUGUAG